AGGCUAAGAAGCAGAAAGGCAGUCGAGGAAGUCGUUGCUUUUGACAAAAGGGUAGCAAGGCCAAAGCAAUCAGUCAUACUCAGAUUUUUAUCGAAUCCCUGAAACGGUUUUUUAUCCGUUGAAAAACUCAAGCUCAGCCAGGCUCUCAGCUUGUAACAGUUACAAUCAAAAAGAAAAAUGUUGCCUCCUACAACGAACGUCUUUGGCGCUUUGGCCAUUUUAUCGGGGUCUCUACAGGCUCUCGGAGUAGAUGUGACGUUCCAGCAUCGUGUCGGCCAUCCAGUCCACCCUCAAUCUAAUUUCAUCUCUCGCAUUUUGGAACAUGAUGUGCUGAAACUCUUCACGUCCGAAGACACCGCCAAAAAGUUCCUUUUGGAUGGCGUUUCCGGCAAUUUUGGCCGCGAGUUACGUGAGCACGUGGAGAAAGCACAGCAGGCGUUUCAGGCAUGGAAGGAUGGACAACACGGACUUUUCCGCACGACAGUAGAUGAAGUCACAGGAAGAACGCCCGACAUUUUGUUCUCCCGCACUGACUUUGGUGAAGAAAGAUUCGAGUCAACCCACCUCGUCCGCGCAAACCCGGUCGUAAAUCCCGAUUUAAACAUGGACGUAAACGACCGUGAUGCAUUCGCGCACCGGAUGGGGGCCUAUCUCGCGUCUCAGCUGCUGAAGAAAUUCGAUUUAGUUGAUGACAAAUUGUCUCCUCGAGCAAAGGUGCAUCCCGCCGCUCCACGUAGCGCGGAGGAUAAUGACGACUCUGUCUCUAAGGCGGAUUACAGUGGUGGACCUUUUGUGCCGACGUUCUUCAAAGAUUUGCCAGCGCGGCUAUUUUCACCGGCGACAGAGGAGCAAGACCCGUUGCUCGCUGAUGCGAUUAUGGCAACGCAGCCUCCGGAUGCAUGCAUCGCUGACACCCUCAACCAAGGCAUAUUGUUGGACCGCCUUGGUGCCGACGGCACAACCGUGGAAGUCGUGAAUAAUGGAAAAACAGACCCAGAGUAUUAUCAAGGUCCGCCCGAACACUCCCGCGGCACGAAUGUUGAGCACCGGAAUGGCAAACCAACCGCGACCGACGCCGAGAUUCUGAAGGCAACCCAGGACAAGAUUGCGCAGCUCGCGCUGGCGGACGCGUGGACGCUGGACACGAUCGCCGCAACCUUCGUUGGGAUUCACUCUCUCGACUUCGUAAACCAGCCGCCGAUGGAGCGACGGAACAAGUUGCAGUUCGUCGUGGAGUACAAAGCGAGGGACAACUCGGAGUUCACGGCAGCAGAGUUGGCUGAGAUGGCGGGCGAGCGGGAAGCGACGGCGGCACAGUGGCCGGGAAUUUCGGAGGCCGAGCUGGAAGAGGAGGUAGAGAGACCGUUCUUAGCGGCGAAAAACUGGAAGCUCGAACUUAAGUUUGAAUUGCAAACGUUCUGUGACGAAGUCGGCAACCUAUCCGCGGAGGAGCGCACGGAAGAAGUAGAAAAUGCCAUCCGGGACGGUCAAGACGAGGAGUCGUUUCAGUGCGUGCCUCGCGUGCGAGUGAACUACGUCGAGGUGGAGCUGAUGUCUCGCGCCGUGAUGGACCGCAAUGUUAAAGGCCACGGCGAGUUUCUGUUCGUCUUCCAUCGUCCGGGCGAGCGGAUGAACGAAGCAGCCGGGAUGCCGAGGGGCGCCUUGCGGCGCCGGGACGCGUGGAGAUUUAACUUAGCUCAUUUGCUAUAAAGCAUUUGCACCUGCAUCGAAGAGAGUUGGAGCCGACUUGCAAAAUAUUGAGCAUUAUCGUGCAUAUGAAAACACUCGCGCUAAGUACCCCGGCGGGCCGGUACUUUGGCAAAGACAAAAGUAAUGACUUUGUACUCGGUGUGCAGCGGAUUUUGAGAACUCUAAACAAAAUAGAAAUUGAUCACUUCCCUGCCGUAACACUGCCGAAAAAGGUGUUGCCAUCUUGUUGCCUAGCUGAUCUCGUUUUCCUUGCUUUCUGAUCUUCUUCUAGUAUCGUGAUCCUGGGUUAAUGUCAUCGGAAAACCAUACUGAGAAUGCACUAGCAGAAGACUUGCGCAGCUGUGCAGGCAGGUAAAACUAAUAGACAACACUGGAAGCACGUAGCGCGUGUCUAACUUUCUAGCUUUUGAUAACUAUCCUUUUUCGUGUGUUCGCCCUUGCGUGGUUUAUAUGAUGCGAUGAUGUUUCGUCGCAGGAGAAGUAUUUCGUCCAAGGCUCACCGAGGUGGAGGGCGAAUUGAGUUGCUUGAGUUGCGAAGAGGUCCCGAGAACAAUAAAGGAAAGAUGAGCGCCAUUACGUCUAAAAUCUGAUAGACAUUAUAGAUGAAUCUAAGAAAAUAGAACCAUCGCAAAGACGAGAAUAGUGUUCUUCGCAAAGAAAACUCACAAGGAAAUCUUCAUGAAGGUAAGACAAGGAAUAGGGACGCCGUAUAGAUUCCUGUCUAUUUUUCGCAGAAACUACCGUGGAUUCUGACAGCGUAUAACCUUAACCUCCCCAUAAAGAAAAAUGGGUUAAACACAACUGACACUGCUACUACUGAUAUCAGAUUAUUAUAUCUUAUUUCCUUGCAGAAGUCUGAG